AUGGCGUGGCUAACCCGGGUGCAUUGGUUUUUGUGCCUGAUCGUGGAAGGCCCCUUCAAUGUGGAACGAUUCUUGCUAGUGUCCAUAUUUUUCACUGCAGUGCCUACACAGACGAUCGGGAGAGAUUCGGGUGAUUGUCAAUUGCUGCUAUGAUGGCUUUGGUUGGUUGUUCUUUUUCACUGUACGGCCGCAGACACAUUCUGACAGCACUUCAGACAGCAGCCUUGUGCCCCGCCAGCUGCUUGUUCCAUGCCUACCAUGGUGUUUUUGUACAGAUAGCACUUCAGACAGCAGUGUGCUGUAGUCGGCAAUCUUCCUUUUUGGUAUAGAGUGGGACAGGGAGGGGGUGAUGCUACUGUAGUCGAACGGUGGGACGGAGGUGCAGUUCAGUUUUUGGGCACGCAUACGGUGCUGCAGGGAUUUUUAGGUGUACCUCUUCGGGCUCUUGGAUACCUUUUCCUCGUUAUAUGUGUGCGUGUUCCUUAGAUCCU